AUGACUCGGACUCAAGUUCCUUUCCCUUCCCCUGCUACCCUGAAGCGGUUCCCUCAUAUCCAUGAUGACCCUUCAACCUUGUCUCAUACCCUGGACCCCUUCACCAUCACCACCUCAUCUGGCUUCCUGCCCUACCAAACUGCCCCCACAGACCUACCUGAGGUCUUCAAGCCUCUUGUCUCCUUGCUCGAACGUCUUCCUGUCGUCAAGGCUGAUGGAACGCCUGGCCUGCUGGCCACUUACGAGCUCGGCCCUGCCACGGAAGCCGAGCUCCCUGACCUGACUGAUGAGGUUGAGAAGCUUGUCCUCACUGAUGGGGAGUGGGAUCGCUUCACCAUUACUGCCGUCUUUCGUGACUACACCUUCCUGGCCUCGUCGUACCUGCUCGAGCCUUGCUGGGAGUCCUGGUGCACGUCCGCGGACCGGGGCUAUGGUCUGGGUCGGGAUGUGUUGCCGAAGUCUGUUGCUCGCCCUAUGUAUCGUUGCGCUCAGAUUCUGGACCUGCCGCCUUUCAUGUCCUACGCAGCUUCUUAUGCUCUAUUUAACUACACCGUCACCGAUCACACCAAGGGCCUUGAAGAGUACUCUAACCUGCGCCUGGUGCGCGCCUUCGAGCGUGGCCUUGACCCGAAGAGCUCUGAGGCUGGCUUCAUCCUGACCCACGUCGACAUGGUCAAGGAGACUGGCUCACUCAUUUCCGGCGCGCUCAGAGUGAUUGAUACACUUGAGCAGCAAGGUCCUCGCACUGACAUCAAUGAUGGCUUCCGCGAGAUCCUGCAAGCCAUGGAGAAGAUCGAGGCGUCCAUGGAAGACAUGUGGGCUAACUCCAAGCCCUCCGAGUACCUCUCCUUCCGCGUCUUUAUCUUCGGCAUCACCUCGCAAUCGAUGUUCCCGAACGGCGUGAUCUACGACGGCGUCGAAGACAACAAGCCGCUCUUCUUCCGCGGCGAGAGCGGCGCCAACGACAGCAUCAUUCCCCUCCUGGACCACCUCUGUCAAAUUCCCAUGCCCUCCACCCCCCUCACCAAGAUCCUCCACGAGUUCCGCGCCUACCGUCCGCUCCCACACCGCGAGUUCCUGACCUACGUCCGUGAGAAGGCCGAGGAAAUUGGUGUACAGGAGUACUCUGUGCAAGACUCCGAGACAGCAGUGCUGUUCCUGAGGACACUGAAUCAUGUGCGCAGCUUCCGCUGGCGCCAUUGGUUGUUCGCGCGAGAGUACAUCAUCCGCCGCACGCCGCAUCCUACCGCCACUGGCGGCAGCCCCAUUGUGACGUGGCUGCCCAACCAGCUAUCCGCCGUUAUGGACCUGAUGGUCUCUAUCUAUGACCGCUACCUUGCGCCGAAGGAAGGUGCGGCGACGAUGAACGGCCAGGAGGAUCUGAUUGCCUCGCAUCGGAAACAGGUCGAGCCGAUGAUGGAGCUUGUGCGUGAUCAGAAGGACAAGUUAGCGAAGGAGGUGGAGCGGUGGUGCCAGGAGCGUGGGGUUUAG